UCUGUGAUACGACGCCGUAACAGGCUGCAAUAUACCUAGAAAAGCUUUCGAGUCACCGACGCCAUAUAGUCCUCGCGGGUGGUUCUGGAUAUUAUACGAAUUUCGGAGGUCUCCCUUGCAAUACAAAAAUAUUCUCCUGCGACGAUUUUCCCCUCUCUCUCUAUACUGAUCUUACGCCAUUAGAGCUUCAAAAGUUGGAGGAGAAUCCGAGUUUCAGAUCCUGCGUCGCUAAACCCUAGAAAUCGAAUUGUGCGAUCAGACAUUUGGAUCCGAUCAGUGUGGGCACUAAUGGCAACUUCACAGUGGUUUUACAUAUGGAAAUAGAAGAUUGAGUUCGGCUGGAGUGAUGAGCUGGAAUUAUAUUUCAUGCAUCGAUUGUUCACUUCUGUAGCCUUGAAUGUUUUAUAAGUCAGCGUGGAAUCAUGAACAUUGUAAAGGGUGUCGCUGACCUCAUUCGGAGGACAUCCACUACCAACAAUGUAGAUUCUGGUUUAGGAUCACGGUCGGAGAGGUUCUCUGCUCCUGCUCCUAGAAUCCGCUUCAGCAAUGUUGGUGAUGAGGCCAUUCUAAAUGCACUUUGGGCAAGAUAUGAUGAUGCCUUCGAUAAGGUUGAAAAGCGAAAGUUAUUUCAUAUUUUCCUUAAGCAAUUCCUAAUUAUAUUCAAGAACUGGGAACCUCUUGAUUCUGUUCAAUCUCCUGAUGCUGCUUCAACUGCUGGUCCACCUGUGGAGCAUUCACAAAAUUCUGAUGAUUUAGUGAUUGGCUGCUCUGCAGGACAUCCUGCUGAAAUUAUUCUAAUUCUAGUUGAAGAAGUCACACAUAUAACUGCUUUGGUCACUGAAUUAAACACUGGCGGAGCGCAAUCAAGAACAGAUCAAUUAGGGACUUCUAUGAACUUGACUAUCACUUCAGAGGGGUUACCUGUCUUGGAUGCUUUGACUAUUGUGACUCGGUCAAUGCAUAAUUGCAGAGUUUUUGGAUACUAUGGGGGGAUUCAAAAACUUACAGCACUAAUGAAAGCUGCUGUUAUCCAACUCAAAACAAUUACCGGGGCUCUUUCUGCUGAUGAAGGUUUAUCAAAUUUUAUUGUAGAGAAGACUGCAAUUUUGCAAAAGAUACUUCUACAUGUGGUGUCAAUAAUUUGCAGCUUCACUGAUUUAAGUUCAAAUAUAUAUGGAAAGGCUCAUUUGUACAGCAAUGGUUUAAAAUUUUCUGUUCCAAAAGGUGGCACAACUUCAAAUGAUUCUUCUAUUAGUUCAGAUGCUUCCUUUUCUGAAGCAAGGCUAUCUUGGCAUCUGAAAGCGGUCGUGUCGGUGAUGGAGGCUGGUGGCCUUAAUUGGUUAGUAGAGCUAUUGCGCGUCACAAGAAGGUUGAGCAUGAAAGAACAAUGGCCAGAUAUAUCACUUCUGUAUUUGACUUUGAGAACUCUUAGAUCAGCAUUACUUGACAAUCCACGUGGUCAAAAUCAUUUUAGAAGCAUUGGAGGACUUGAAGUUCUGCUAGAUGGACUAAGACUUCCAUCAAAUCAUUCUUUGAGAUCAAAGAAUUCCUCUUAUUCCAAUAAAGAAAGAGAUGAAAAUCCUUUUCUGGGUAUUUUUCAGCUCCAUGUUCUUUUGUUGGAGGUUCUUAGGGAGGCUGUAUUUGGGAAUUUGAACAACAUGCAAUUUCUAUGUGAGAAUGGAAGAGUACAUAAAUUUGCAAAUAACCUUUGUUCGCCUGCGUUCAUGCUUCAAGAAUACAAGCAUCAAAGCAGGGAUUUGUCUGGGUGUGAUGAUUUUCAAAUGCUUGUUUCCGACUCUAGAAAUAUGGAUAAUUUUAAAAUUCAUGAUGUGGAGUCUUCUGCUCCAAUUUCAGCCAAUUCUUCUUAUUCUCUACAUUGGAAUGAGUAUGUUGCCAAUUUGGGUAGUGUCCUUUCUUCUUUCCUUCUUGUAGUGGAAGAUACUCAUUCUCAUCAUUCCCAACUAUCAGCUGGUAUUACCAUGCCAACUUCUUCAGUUUAUGUUGAACUUUCUAUAAAAUGGGUCAUGAGGGUUCUUCUUACAGUGUUUCCAUACGUUAAGGCUUGUUCGGAUCAAAAUGAGCUGCCAGGACACUUGAGGAUCUUUGUCUAUACACUUCAACAUUACGUUCUCUCUGCAUUCAGGAAAGUUCUUGGUUUUUCACCUGCAUUACUUGAUGUAUUUCGGGCAGAGGGAAUAUGGGACCUUAUCUUCUCUGAGAACUUUUUCUAUUUUGGGCCAUCUUUAACAGCAUUAUCUGAAGAGUAUCGUACAUAUAAUGAAGUUCACUCUGGGAACUCUGAAAUAGGUUGCAGUUCUAGUUGCAUUAACAGUCAAGUAAAUGCUAGUGGGGUUGAAGGACUUCAAAUUGAAGUAAUCUCCUUUGUGGAACUUGCAGCUACUUUAAAUGGGAGUUCGCAUAACUUGCCUGAAUGUUCUGUUUUAUUAGAUGCCCUCGAACAAUCUGCUUGUACUCCUGAGAUUGCUGGUGUUCUUGGAAAGAGCCUGCUUCGUAUAUUAAAGUGUUCAGUUGAGAAAACUAUUUCUUCUUUCAAGUCACUUGAUGCAUUUCCUCGGGUACUCAAAGUUGUGUGCAUUCAAGCUCAAGAAUAUAGAAGACUGGGAAAUAUGAGCCUUUGUCUUGAAAAUAAUAUUGUGGAAGUGGCUUCUCAGAGUUGUGACAGAUCUAAAUCAUCCGAGACAAUCCAAAGUUGGUACAAAAGCAUGGAAACAUCCAUGGAGCUCUUCGCUGAGUAUUUCUCUGUAACAGAUGAUGCUAAAAGUUUGGUUUUGCAUAGUUCUACUUGUGUUGAUUGUUUGUUUGAGUUAUUCUGGGAAGAAGGUUUGAGAAAUCAUGUGCUUGCUUAUAUUCUUGACCUAAUGAAGGUUACUCCACUGUCUGAGGAAGACGAAAAGGCAAAGCUGCAGUUAUGUUCAAAUUAUUUAGAAACAUUUACUCAUGUAAAGGAACAGGAAAAAAAUUUCGCUGAACUGUCAAUCAAUCUAUUGGUUGGGAUGAGAGAUAUGCUUCUAAACAAUCAAGUGUACUAUCAAUCUUUGUUUCGCGAUGGUGAAUGCUUUUUGCAUGUUGUAUCUUUGUUGAAUGGGAACCUUGAUGAGGUGAAUGGUGAGAAGUUGGUCUUGAAUGUCCUCCAAACUCUUACCUGCCUUCUUGCGAGUAAUGAUGCCUCAAAGGCUGCAUUUAGAGCUCUUGUAGGCAAGGGUUAUCAGACGUUGCAAAGUUUGCUGUUGGACGUUUGUCAUAAACAGCCGAGUGAAGGGCUUUUGAAUGCUCUGCUUGAUAUGCUUGUUGAUGGAAAGUUUGAUAUCAAAGCUAACCCUGUAAUAAAGAAUGAAGAUGUGAUCUUGCUUUAUCUCAGUGUUCUGCAAAAGAGCAGUGACUCUUUGCGGCAUUAUGGGCUUAAUGUUUUUCUUCAGCUGCUCAGAGAUUCCAUAUCUAAUCGAGCUUCAUGUGUCAGAGCAGGAAUGCUUAACUUUCUUCUUGAUUGGUUUUCUCAAGAAGAUAAUGAUAAUGUAAUCCUGAAAAUUGCCCAACUAAUUCAGGUCACCGGUGGACAUAGUAUUUCUGGAAAGGAUAUCCGUAAAAUCUUCGCUCUACUUCGGAGUGAUAAAGUUGGGACUCGGCAACAGUAUUGCUCAUUAUUGCUAACAAGCAUGUCAUCGAUGCUAAAUGAGAAGGGACCCACUGCCUUUUUUGAUCUCAAUGGAAAUGAUUCUGGUAUUAUAAUUAAGACGCCAGUACAGUGGCCUUUGUAUAAGGGGUUUUCUUUUUCCUGUUGGCUCAGGAUAGAAAAUUUCCCUAGAACUGGAACAAUGAGCCUUUUCAGUUUUCUCACAGAAAAUGGAAGGGGGUGCUUGGCUGUCCUUGCGAAGGACAAGCUGACUUAUGAGUCUAUUAAUCAGAAGCGACAAUGUGUUUCACUGCAUGUUACCCUUCUUAGAAAGAAAUGGCAUUUUCUUUGUAUUACUCAUAGCAUUGGUAGAGCAUUUUCUGGGGGUAGCUUAUUGAGAUGUUAUAUGGACGGAUUUCUUGUUUCAUCUGAAAAAUGCAGAUAUGCAAAAGUUAAUGAGCCAUUGACUAGUUGCACAAUCGGCACAAGAAUAAAUUUGCCACCAUGUGAUGAAGAAAAUGCUAUUUACACCAUCAAAGAUUCUUCUCCUUUUCUUGGUCAGAUUGGUCCAGUUUAUAUGUUUAGCGAUGCUCUUACUUGUGAUCAAGUACAGGGUAUCUAUUCCUUAGGACCAAGCUAUAUGUAUUCGUUCCUUGAUAAUGAAAUGGCAGUUUAUUCGGAGAACCCAUUGCCUGGUGGAAUUCUUGAUGCCAAAGACGGCCUUGCGUCCAAAAUCAUUUUUGGACUUAAUGCACAGGCUAGUAAUGGUAGGACUUUAUUUAAUGUUUCGCCAAUGCUGGAGCAUGCACUGGAUAAGAGUACAUUUGAAGCAGCUGUGAUGGUUGGAACACAACUUUGUUCCAGAAGCUUGCUGCAACAGAUUAUUUAUUGUGUUGGGGGUGUAUAUGUGUUUUUUCCUCUUUUAACACAGUCUGAUUUGUAUGAAAAGGAAGAAAGUGGACAAGAUACUUUGCUUACACCAAUCACAAAAGAGCGUCUAACUGCUGAAGUUAUUGAACUUAUAGCUUCUGUACUAGAUGAGAAUUUAGCUAAUCAGCAACAAAUGCUUCUCCUUUCUGGAUUUUCAAUACUGGGAUUCUUACUGCAGUCAGUUCCACCGCAGCAACUUAAUCUGGAAACACUUUCAGCUUUGAAACAUAUGUACAACGUUGUUGCAAAUUGUGGCUUGUUCGAGCUGCUCGUGAAAGAAGCUAUAUCUAAUAUAUUUCUUAAUCCGCUUAUUUGGGUCUAUACUGUCUACAAGGUGCAACGUGAGCUGUACAUGUUUCUCAUCCAGCAAUUUGAUAAUGAUCCGAGGUUGCUUAAGAGUCUGUGCAGGCUCCCUCGUGUUCUUGAUAUAAUACGCCAAUUUUACUGGGAUAAUCCAAAAUGUCGGUAUGCUACUGGAGGCAGGCCUCUUGUGCAUCCCAUAACCAAACAAGUUAUUGGAGAGAGACCUUGUGAAGAAGAAGUACAUAAAAUUCGCCUCCUCCUACUUAGUCUUGGUGAAAUGAGUCUCAGGGAGCACAUUGCAGUGUCAGAUAUAAAAGCUCUUAUUGCUUUUUUUGAGACAAGUCAGGAUAUGGCAUGUAUUGAAGAUGUUUUACAUGUUGUUAUUCGUGCUGUUUCCCAAAAACCACUGCUUGCUUCUUUCCUAGAGCAAGUCAAUUCAGUUGGUGGCUGUCACAUUUUUGUUAAUCUUCUUCAAAGGGAUUUUGAGCCCAUCAGAUUGCUUAGCUUGCAGUUCCUGGGAAGACUUUUGGUUGGUCUUCCAUCUGAGAAGAAGGGAUCAAAAUUUUUUAAUAUUGCAGUUGGAAGAUCCAAAUCCCUCUCAGAAGGUCAUAGAAAAAUCAGUACAAGGAUGCAACCAAUUUUUUCUGCCAUUUCUGAUAGGCUGUUUAGAUUUCAGCAGACAGAUCUGCUAUGUGCCACCUUGUUUGACGUCCUUCUUGGUGGUGCUAGCCCUAAACAGGUCUUGCAGAAACAUUACCAGCUUGACAGACAGAGAAGUGGGGGAAUUAAUUCCCAGUUCUUUCUUCCUCAGAUCUUGAUUCUCAUUUUCAGAUUCUUGUCUGGCUGUGAGGACGCCUCAGCAAGAAUGAAAAUAAUUAGAGACUUACUUGAACUUCUUGAUUCAAAUCCUUCAAAUAUUGAAGCUUUAAUGGAAAAUGGAUGGAAUGCCUGGUUAAUGGCUACUGCGAGACUUGAUGUGUUGAAAAACUACAAAGUGGAGUCACAAGUUCAUGGUGACAAUGAGAUGAGUGAGCAAAAUUUUGUGAGGAAUUUAUUCUGUGUUGUUCUUUGUUACCAUAUGCAUUCGGUAAAAGGUGGCUGGCAACAUUUAGAAGAGACAGUGAAUUUUCUUCUUAUGCAAUGUGAACAAGGUGGCAACUCAUUUCGAUACCUGCUUCGUGAUAUAUAUGAGGACUUAAUUCGGAAGCUUGUAGACUUAUCUCUGGAGGACAAUAUUUUUGUCUCGCAGCCAUGUCGAGACAAUACAUUAUACCUUCUGAGGCUGGUGGAUGAAAUGCUCAUCUCUGAAACUGAUCAUAGACUUCCGUUUCCUAUAAGUACUUCAGAUUUUCCUCCUGAUUUCCAAGAAAUAGAAAGUCUAAAGGAUCUUAGCUCUGGUUUAUGUGAGGCGUUGCAAGGAGAAUCUAAUGAUGACAUAUCCAGAAAUCCUUGGGUUCAGAAGCAGUCUAUCACAAAUGAAGAAGAGAGAAUCAAUGACGAGUGGUGGAAUUUAUAUGACAACCUAUGGAUCAUAAUUAGUGAGAUGAAUGGGAAAGGACCAAGCAAAAUGUUACCGAAGUCUUCAUCUGCAGUAGGACCAUCUUUUGGCCAAAGAGCACGUGGCUUAGUAGAAUCGCUGAAUAUUCCUGCUGCAGAAAUGGCCGCAGUUGUUGUAUCUGGCGGGAUUAGCAGUGCGCUGGGUGUAAAACCAAGUAAAAAUGUUGAUAAAGCUAUGCUAUUAAGAGGGGAGAAGUGCCCAAGAAUUGUCUUUCGACUUGUAAUCCUUUAUCUCUGUAAUUCUUCCCUAGAAAGAGCGUCUCGUUGUGUCCAACAGGUCAUUCCCCUUCUGCCCUGUCUUCUGGCCACUGAUGAUGAGCAAAGCAAGAGCAGAUUGCAGCUUUUCAUUUGGGCCUUGCUUGUUGUUAGAUCACAGUAUGGAAUGCUGGAUGAUGGUGCUAGGAUUCAUGUUAUUUCACACUUGAUUCGAGAAACAAUCAACUGUGGAAAAUCAAUGCUUGCUAACAGUAUUGUGGGAAGAGAUGAUUUAUCAGAUUCCAGCAGCAAUCCAAAAGAAACAGGCACCAUUCACAAUCUAAUUCAGAAUGAUCGAGUGAUUGCUGCAGUCGCCGAUGAGGUAAAAUAUAUAAAGACUUCAAAAAAUGAUCGCACCAGACAGUUGCAUGAGCUUCGCACUAGGAUGGAUGAAAAUAUAUCUGCAGAUUCAAACCAAAGGAAAGCUUUUGAAGAUGAGAUACAGAGUAGCUUAAAACUCAUUCUUGCUUCGGAUGAUAGUAGAAGAGCUUCCUUCCAGCUUUCUCUUGAUGAAGAGCAGCAAAUUGUUGCUGAAAAAUGGAUACACAUGUUUCGCAUUCUGAUUGAUGAGAGAGGUCCAUGGUCAGCAAAUCCUUUUCCAAAUAGUACCAUAACUCAUUGGAAACUUGACAAGAAUGAAGAUGCAUGGCGGCGCAGGCCGAAAUUAAGAAAGAAUUAUCACUUUGAUGAAAGGCUUUGUCAUCCACCUUCCACAGUGGCUAACAACGAGGCUCUUCUUCCUGUCAAUGAAAACAAAUCUGGUUUUGGGGGGCAUAUUCCUGAGCAAAUGAAGCAGUUCUUACUGAAAGGAAUUCGCAGGAUCACUGAUGAGGGGUCCUCAGAACCCACUGAAAGUGAUGCUGAAUCUAGUGGGCAAAAGACCUUGGUCGCUGAGGAUCCUUCAGACAGACAGUGUCCUGAGGUUGUAAAAGACUGCAAUGAUCAGAAGGAUAUUGUUCCGGACAGAAGAGAUUCUUCCUCUACAUCAACAGAGCCAGAAACUCGUGAGGUUCUCUUGUCUGUCCCGUGUGUACUAGUAACACCAAAGAGAAAAUUAGCUGGACGUUUGGCAGUAAUGAAACAUGUCUUGCAUUUCUUUGGUGAAUUUUUAGUGGAAGGUACAGGAGGGUCAUCUGUUUUCAAUAAAUUUCAUACUUCAAACAAUUAUGACUCGAGCAAGCAUGAUCAAUUGGGAGGAGUUCAAAGGCAGAAGUUUUAUAAAUGGCCCAUUAAUUUAGAUAUGGAUUCAGAUAAAGGGAAAGCCGUUGAUAACACAGGAGUUCAUCAAAUUCUUUUGCAAAAGCAACCUAAAAAUAUAAAGCGCCAUAGAAGGUGGAAUGUUUGCAAGAUAAAGGCAGUCCAUUGGACUCGGUAUUUGCUUAGGUACACUGCAAUAGAGAUUUUUUUCAUUGAUUCUGUUGCUCCUAUAUUUUUGAAUUUCGCGUCACAAAAGGAUGCAAAAGAUGCUGGAACAUUGAUAGUUGCUACCAGAAAUGAAUCUAUGUUUCCAAAGGGAUACAGGGACAAGACUGGAGUUAUUUCCUUUGUUGAUAGGCGUGUGGCACUGGAGAUGGCAGAAUCUGCCAGAGAGAGCUGGAGGAGAAGGGAUAUGACAAACUUUGAAUAUCUAAUGAUUCUCAAUACGCUUGCUGGAAGAUCUUAUAAUGAUUUAACGCAGUAUCCUGUGUUUCCUUGGGUGCUGGCUGAUUAUUCCUCGGAUAUUCUUGAUUUCAACAAGUCAUCAACCUUUAGGGAUCUUUCAAAACCUAUUGGGGCACUGGAUUCAAAACGGUUUGAGGUUUUUGAAGAUAGAUAUCGUAACUUCUGUGAUCCUGAUAUACCGAGUUUCUAUUAUGGAUCUCAUUACUCAAGCAUGGGAAUUGUGCUUUUUUACCUUCUUAGGUUGGAGCCAUUUACAUCUCUCCACCGUACGCUGCAGGGUGGUAAAUUUGACCAUGCAGACCGCCUUUUCCAAAGCAUUGAGAGCACAUAUCGGAAUUGUCUUUCUAAUACAAGUGAUGUGAAGGAAUUGAUUCCCGAAUUCUUUUACAUGCCAGAGCUUCUUGUUAAUUCAAAUUCUUAUCAUUUUGGAGUAAAACAAGAUGGUGAACCAUUACGUGAUGUUUGCCUCCCUCCUUGGGCCAAGGGCUCUCCUGAAGAAUUCAUAUGCAAAAAUCGAGAGGCCCUUGAAAGUGAAUAUGUCAGUUCAAAUCUCCAUCACUGGAUUGAUUUGGUGUUUGGUUACAAGCAACGUGGAAAACCAGCAGUGGAGGCAGCAAAUAUCUUUUAUUAUUUAACUUAUGAAGGUGCUGUUGAUCUGGAAACUAUGGAAGAUGAAUUGCAAAGGUCUGCAAUUGAAGACCAGAUUGCAAAUUUUGGCCAGACACCAAUUCAGAUUUUCCGUAAGAAACACCCUAGAAGAGGGCCACCAAUUCCAAUUGCCCAUCCUCUACAUUUUGCUCCUGGUUCUAUUAAAUUGACUUCCAUCAUCUCUAGUACAAGUAAUUCACCGUCUGCUGUCAUAUACAUCAAUAUAUUCGACUUGAACAUUGUGCUUGUGAACCAGGGCCUCACCAUGUCAGUUAAGUUGUGGUUGACAACACAACUGCAAUCUGGUGGAAACUUUACGUUCUCUGGAUCACAGGAUCCAUUUUUCGGGAUUGGUUCUGAUGUCCUAUCUCCCCGUAAAUUUGGGAGUUCAUUGGCUGAAAAUAUUGAACUUGGUGCACAAUUUUUUGCAACAUUGCAGACACCAUCAGAAAAUUUUUUGAUUUCAUGUGGCAACUGGGAAAAUAGCUUUCAGGUCAUAUCCAUGAGUGAUGGAAGAAUGGUUCAGAGCAUCCGACAGCAUAAAGAUGUGGUUAGCUGUGUUGCAGUGACAUCUGAUGGGAGCAUUGUUGCUACUGGGAGUUAUGACACAACAAUCAUGGUGUGGGAAGUUUUUCGUGUUAAAACCCCUGAAAAGAGAGUUCGAAAUACACCAACAGAGAUGCCCCGUAAAGACUAUGUCAUUGCUGAAACUCCAUCCCAUAUUCUGUGUGGACAUGAUGAUAUAAUUACAUGCUUAUAUGUGAGUGUAGAGCUUGAUAUAGUUAUAAGUGGGUCAAAAGAUGGAACUUGUGUUUUCCAUACCCUGAGGGAAGGAAGAUAUGUAAGAUCUCUUCAGCAUCCAUCUAGCAGUGCAUUAUCAAAGCUUGUUGCAUCUCGUCAUGGACGGAUAGUACUCUACUCUGAUGACGAUCUCGGCUUGCACCUGUAUUCUAUUAAUGGAAAACACAUUGCAACUUCUGAUUCCAAUGGUCGCCUUAAUUGUGUUGAACUGAGCAGUUGUGGCGAGUUCUUGGUUUGUGCGGGAGACCAAGGACAAAUUGUUGUACGUUCUAUGAAAUCACUUGAGAUUGUGAGGAGGUAUGAUGGAUUUGGAAAGAUAAUAACUUCACUAACUGUGACCCCAGAAGAAUGCUUCUUAGCCGGCACCAAAGAUGGAAGCCUUCUUGUGUACUCUAUAGAAAAUCCUCAACUUCGCAGAACUAGCCUUCCUCGAAACUUGAAAUCUAAAUCUUCUGCAAUGGGAUAGAUUCACAAUUUAGAACUGCAGUAAUGGAUUGUUGAUGAUUGGUGCUGAUCAGUGAUGUUAGCUGAGUCUGCUAAAAAUGCAGAAUAUUAAUUUGUGCCAUCACAUCUGGAGAUGUUGUUUAGACCCUCAAUCUCCUUUCUGUCGAGACGUCAGCUCUGACAUGCUUUGUGAAUGACGACAAUUAAAAGAUACAAACAGCUCCAUCGGCGGCACUUCAGAAAGACGAAACAUACUUAAAACUUCUUCAAAUGGCAGUAUAUACCAUCCAGAACAUGUUUGCAGGUGCUUUUUCUCCCAGAAAAGUCGGGAUAAAGAUCGGAGAAAUGCCACCAUUCAAAUUCACUUUUCUCAACAGCAUUGAGGUUGGCUGUUGGGGGAACCAGACGUCACUAGAUUCAUGUACAUUACAUUCUUGUAAGGUUAGAUCAGAAAUGUUGUGCAUUAUCUAGGCUGUAUUUCAGCUUCUCUUUGCCUUUCUUAAUAGUGAGAUUAACCACCCACCUCCCUCCCAACCAAAUAGAAGAAGAAGAAAAUAAAAAAGAACAUUGUAUAGAUGGAACACCUCCUGUAUUGAAUAGAAAUUUUUUCAUCCAAAGAUCUGUAAUGAUCGUUCUGAUCUUCAAAAAAAAUCAUGUUCUUUGCAUAUGGGGUAUUGAAUGAGUUAUUUCCUCUCUUUCUUGCCCUUCCUUUGUUGUUUGUAGAUUGGAAAUGAUAUUCUGAUCAUUAGAGUUGAACAGAUUUAUCGGUUUUGAUUGAGGGCGGUGACUUUGAAAACUGCGUUAUUGUGUUGAACUGUCUAUUUGUAAGAUCUUUCUGUCAGAGUAGCACAACCUGUGGCAGUUUUAUAUUUGGUUCGGUUCAGCUACAGCGUGCAGAUUGCUUCACUUGAGACUGCAGAUUUCAUUGACUCAUUAUAAUGUAUUUAUUUUCAUUUUCACUUUU